AUGGGACGCCUGGCCGCCGAUCGAAGCCUAUACCGGCCGAGCUCUCACCACAACAGGUGCGCAGAAGAGACAGAUGACGGGCUUCUCGAGCCAGGCGUUCCAUCUGUCGACGAGCGACCGAUCCGAGCCCUUGCCAGCCGAGCUCUCGCCGCGCCAGAGACAGAGGACAGGCUCCUCGAACCAGGCGUCCCACCUGAAGCCGAGCCACUGAUGCUCUGGGACGGCCUCUCGCCGCACCAGAUGCGUAGAAGAGCAGAUGACGGGUUCCUCGAACACAAAGUCCGAUCCGCCGAGCCAUCGAUCGACUCUGUCGAGCUUCCCGACCCGGGCGGCUCGUCUGGCACCGGGUCACUGAUCCUCGGUGAUGAGCUCUCACCACGCCAGAUGCGUGGAAGAGACAAGCGGCAAGAUCCUCGAACCCGGUGUCCCAUCUGA